AUGGCUUGCAUUACCUUCGAUGAGACAUUGCAUUGUACAGUCUCCGCACACAUAAUGUUCCAUGCAAUGUUCUUAGAUGCUCACAAUUUGAUGCCAAAGGUCAUGCCUCAUGCUGUCAAGAGCGUCGACUUUGUCUCUGGUGAUGGAGGCUUUGGAAGCAUUCAACAAGUUAACUUCUUCCAAGACUGGACUCCAAAGGCAAAGACAACUUCGAUCGAGUGCAACUACACAGUGAUUGAAUCUGAUGCAUUUAGCAACAAGGUUGAUCAUAUCAGUAACAAGAUCAAGUUUGAGAUUGCUCAUGGUGGUGGUUGUAUAUGUAAAUCGAAAAUCUCUUAUUACCUGAAGGCUGGUGCAGUGUUAAAUGAAGACGAGCUUAAAGUAAGAAGAGAAAGUUCAAAAGGGUUAUACAAAAUAGUGCAAGAUUACCUCGUCAAAAACCCUGAUGUCUAUGCCUAA